AGCGUAUUAAAAAUCAGCUGCUCAAAAUCUGAAAUCCUGCGUGUGCGCGAGCGCAAUGAAUCAGUCUGCACCAGUAUCGUGUAUUCCGAAUUCGAGGAUGUCAAAAGCAAAGAAAGUGAUCGAUGAGGCCCGAGAAAGUCAAAAUCCUGAAUUGGAUUUGGCGGAUAAGGGCAUUUCCACCUUUGACGAAAUGCCCGGAUUGCUAAAUAUGCUGAACAUCACCAGACUGACACUCAGUCAUAAUAAACUCCAAGUUGUUCCACCUGGUUUGGCAAAUCUAGUCAAUUUAGAAAUUUUGAACUUGUUCAACAAUUGGAUCACGGAACUUCCAAUUUCCUUAUCACAAAUGCCUCAGUUGCGAAUUCUUAACGUUGGAAUGAACCGUUUGGGCUCUCUUCCCCGAGGUUUUGGUGCCUUUCCAGCCCUUGAGGUUCUAGAUCUCACAUAUAACAAUCUCAGUGAAGAGAAUUUACCUGGAAAUUUUUUUAUGAUGGAAACACUGAGAGCAUUAUAUUUGGCUGAUAAUGACUUUGAAUACCUACCCCCGGAGAUUGGUCACCUAAAGAACCUCCAAAUCCUUGUUCUGAGAGAGAAUGACUUGAUCGAGUUGCCAAAAGAAAUUGGAGAACUUACUCGUCUCCGAGAACUUCAUAUUCAAGGCAAUCGUCUCACAGUUUUACCACCAGAAAUAGGUAACUUGGACCUAGUGAGUAACAAAGCAGUUUUUAAGAUGGAAUUUAACCCAUGGGUAACUCCUAUUGGAGAUCAACUACAGGUUGGAAUUUCGCACGUGAUCGACUAUCUUCGAUCAGAAACUUACAGAUAUCUUUAUAAUCGUCACCUUAGCGCAAAGGGACCUCCACCACCAAUCGAAAAUGAUAAAAGCAAGAAAAUCUCUCGCGUUCGUUGAACGAAAUAUCGUAAUAUGAUUAAUUUAUAUAAUUCUAAUUUUGAUGCCAAUGACUAAUCAUCUCCCCUCUAAAUCUUAUUUUACUCAUCAACUCUUUUUACAAUUAGAUCGAUAAGACCAAAUGGUGCCUUACUUAAAGUAACUUGCCUUAAAACUUUUAAUCGUUACAUUCAUGAAUAUUUUUUAUCGCUGUUAUGCUUAUAUUUUUAUAACAAUUUUAGAAUCGAAUCAUACAUACAUAUGUAUCUGUAUUUAUGAGGCUUUUUACGCUGGGUACUCGAUGUAUCUCGUGAUGUAAUGAGCUUACAUCAAGAGAACGUAUUUAUUCAUUACUAGAGGUACCUAACAGAGGUAUAGUUAUCUUCAGUGCAAUAUAAACGACCCCCCUGAAAAAUUAGAUCACUGCGACGUCUUUGAAUCGAUUUACGAUAUUACUGCAUCGUACAAAUCUGAAAUACAUUCUGUAUUCGACCAAAUGAAUCUCCAUCACGAACGAUUUGCUUUUUUUAGAAAUAAUUUUGUGUUCUUUGUUCAUAUUACUUAUUAAGCUGUAAUUACAUACUUUAUAGUUUUCAUUCUUACACUUGUGCAACACCAAAUUUUUCUAUAGUUCUGGAAAACCAAAACAAUUUUUAUAAGCCUAUGCAAAACUGACAUAAAUGUAUAAAUAAACAAUUUCACAUCAA